AUGGAGGGCCCCCCGGGGGAGCCGCUGAGCCCGCUCUGCCGGGCGUACAUCUACGCCAUCCACGGCUGCCUCUGCGAGGUGCUCUUCGUGGUGCUCAUCCUGGACCAGGACUGGGUCUUCCGGGGGCCGCUCAGCGCCUGCCCGCUGCUGGCCUACGGGACGUGCGGGCUGGCCCUGGAGGGCAUCUACCUGCGGCUGCGCGGGGACUGCUGCCUCCUGACGCGCUGCGCCCUCUACACCGCCUGCAUCUACCUCUGGCAGCUGGUGGCGGGCUGCCUGCUGCGCGGCUUCGGCGCCUGCCCCUGGGACCACAGCCGGCUCCGCUACAACCUCCUGGGGCUCGUCGCCCUGGAGCACUGCCUGCUCUGGUUCGUGGGCGCGCUGCUGCUGGAGCGGCUGGUCAUCGCCCUCACGCUGCGCCUGCGCCUGGGCCCGGCCUGGAAGCCCCGGCAGCGCCCCCUCCCCCGCUUCGAGCUGACCCGCGACUGACCGCGGCUGCGCCGGCGGGAGGG